GUGAGCAUGAUCAUAGGCACGAUCAAGUUCAUGGCGUUCUUGAUAUUAUCGAGCCGGUGACAAUCUUGUUCGGCGGGGUAGGGGACGUCAGCGGGAGGGGGGCAGGCAGAGUAGACUGCGACGCCUGGGGGUCGACCGGUGGAAUUGUGUGCACUCCAUGAUCAAGGGUACAAAGUUCACAUUGAGGAGCGGCCGGGUCCCACGGCGACCAAAGGAGUGGAUGUCGCAGGUUUGUUCACGUGGCAAGUGAACUGGCCGGCGUUGGGGCAGUUUGUGUGCUGAUGUCCAAGCUGUCGGCAACGAAAGCAGCCAUUGUUGGCUUGCAGGUAGGCACGUUCCUCGGUUUCCUUGCGUUCCAUACGCAAGAACUGGAUGGUGUUGAGUUCCUCAGAGCUGAGGGACGCCGGGGGGGAGGAGUCGGAAAGGGUGUCAGGCUCAAUGAUAGGGGCUGUAAACUCGUCGGAGGAGGGAGACGCUACGGUGGUCUCAUUGUGGAAGAAGCAUGGACGGGAGGUGGUGGGACCGCGAAUGGGGCAGAGAAGGCGAUCGUGUUGAAGGGCACGGGUGAGGAGGUCGGUGAAGGACAUGGGUGGCUCGUAGGCGAGGGCGAAUGCGAUGUCCUUGCGGCAGACCCGCUUGAAACGGGAAAUGAAGGCGUAGUCGCUGAUCUGGUCAUGGGGAAUGUUUUGGCGGAGGGUACGGACAUAUUGGACGAAGCGGUCCGUGGGGCCAUUUUGGCGAAGCCGACAAAACUGGUCGAUGUAGUCGUCGAUUGUCUUUUGCGGGCCGAAGGUGGCGAAGAGGAGGGAGGCCCACUCAAGGAAGGAGAGGGGAGGCAAGCCGGCAGAGUGUCGGUUGGCGGAUUCUGAGGAGGAGAGGUGGAGGGAGGAAUGGAGGUGGAGGUCGGUCCGGAUGUGGAAGGGGGUGGAGUUGUGGUGACCACGGUGAUGGCCGGAGCUUGUUGCUCGAAGGCGGUCACGCGAUCGGAGAGAGCGGAGAUAGUUGUUCGCAUGUUGGUGAGCAUGUGGAGGAUGGUCGAGAGGCCGGUGGCGAUGGCAGGGCCGGCUCGUUGUUCGCCUGCAAGUUCACGAGCGAGACUACCGACGGACUGGGGGUGCAUGGGGGACAUGUUGAUAGUGGAAGACUCAGCCAUGGGGGUGGUGGGGGGUGAUGCGGCUGUGGUGGCGAUGGCAGCGACCGAAGUGGCAGCAGUGGAUGAGGCAGCAGCGAGUUCACCGUAUUUAAUUGUAGAUUAAUGGAAUUUAUUCCAGAAUAAUUGAUGAAUUAAAAAAAAUAUUUUGCAGGGAUUUUACAAAAGGAAAAUGUUGAAAUUUUGAAAAAAAAAAGGAUAAUUAAUUCCGAAUAAAGAAAUUAAUUCCGACGUGGAUUAAUUGAAUUUUAUUCGAAAAUAAUUGGUGAGUUCAGAAACACAUUUUACAACAAGGGGAAAAAAAAACAAAAAACUUACAAAGGUGAAAUUUCGAAACAAAAGAAUUGAUUAACU